GAGUAUAAAAAUUGAAUGAAAAUAAUCACUGCCAGAAUGUUGAAGGUAAGAAACCCUUGAAGUUGCCCUUCCUCUGCCAUUGUUUCUCUGGAAAUUGAGCUUCCCCUCCCGACUCCCGCCAUGGAAGCUUCAGUGACUCCGUCCCUUCCUACAGCACCCGUUGCAGACCACUAUACGGAGAGUAUAAAAAAGAAGCUCCUUCAGAGAGGCGUUUACCCUACCCCUAAAAUAAUCCACACACUUCGAAAGAAAGAGCUCCAAAAAUCGCUCCGCAAAUCCAAGAAACUUCCCUCUUCUCAAUUUCCUCCACUCAACGAUUAUCAGAAGCAAAUCAUAGCCGACGAAGCUCAUUUCCAGGCUAUAGAGGCCGAAUACAAGGACUUCAGUAGGGAGAUAGCCGCAAAAACGAAGGGAGACGAGAGGAGCGGUGCUUCGUUGGUGGGGAAGCCGUGGGAGAGGUUAGAGAAAACGAGAUUAAUAGAAAUUUUGAGUGAUAAGAGUGAAUAUCCUGGCGAUAAACUGAAACCUGAGCAUCUGAGAGAGCUUAGCCGCUUUCUGGAGAAGGAUCGGGAGGAUUUUAGGUGGCUGUUAGACGAUGAUAUUGAGUUUGAAGAAGGUUGGUUGGAGAAGGAACAGUACAAAUUUGAGCCAACGAGACGGCAGCGCAGCGAGGAGGAAACAAUUCAGUUUCUUGUUGAUAAGCUGAGUGCAACCAACCUUGGUGUGAAGGACUGGAGGUUUUCCAGAAUGAUGAGACAGUCGAGGCUUCAGUUUACUGAACACCAGUUGCUAAAAAUUGUGGAGGAUCUCGGGGUUAAAGGACAAUGGAAGCACGCAAUGUCUGUUGUAAAUUGGACUUAUAGCUCCAAGGAUCUCAAACUUUUUAAAAGCAGAUUUGUAUACACCAAACUCUUGUCAGUUCUUGGGAAAGCGAGGAGGCCUAAUGAAGCACUUAAAAUCUUCAACUUGAUGAGUGAAGAUUGUCAUAUAUAUCCAGAUAUGGCAGCUUACCACAGUAUUGCUGUUACACUUGGCCAAUCUGGCUUUCUGAAGGAACUGCUACACAUUAUUGAUUGCAUGGAGCAAAAACCCUUGAAGAAGCUAAAAAAUAUGCAUCGGAAGAAUUGGGACCCCAUCCUUCAUCCCGAUGUAGUGGUGUUUAAUUCUGUACUUAAUGCCUGCAUUCCUUCAUGUCGAUGGAAGGGUGUAUCAUGGGUGUUUAAACAAUUGAGGAUGAAAGGAUUGAAACCCAAUGGAGCAACAUAUGGACUAGCGAUGAAGGUAAUGUUGCUAUCUGGAAAAUAUGACCUUGUCCAUGAGCUCUUUGGGAAAAUGAGAAGAAGUGGAGAAGCCCUGAAGUCACAGGCACUCUCUUACAAAAUUGUUGUCAGUGCCCUUUGGAAGGAGAAUAAAAUAGUUGAAGCUAUUGAAGCUGUGAGAAAUAUGGAGGAAAGGGGCGUGGUUGGGACAGCUUGUGUCUAUUAUGAACUUGCCUGUUGUCUAUGCAAUAAUGGGAGAUGGCAAGAAGCUAUGAGGGAGAUUGAGAAGAUGAAAAAACUUCCUCGAUCCAUGCCUUUGGUGGGUGUUUUCACUGGCAUGAUAAAGGCUUCAUUGUACGGAGGACAUGUGAAUGAUUGCAUAUCUAUUUUUGAAAUGAUAAGAGUGAAAUGGCCAAUAAACAUUGGUAUUAUUAAUAUAAUGCUUAAAGUUUAUGGCCAGAAUGAUAUGUUCUCAAAGGCGAAGGAGUUAUUUGAAAAGACCAAGAAAGGGGAAUAUUAUUCAAACAGCUACUUAAAUGGAACUACUACUACUACUUCUAUUGUCCUAGAAGGCUAUAGUUACAUCUUAAUGCUCAAGGCAUCUGCUAAUGCUCAUCAAUGGGAAUACUUUGAGUAUGUCUACAGGGAUAUGGCUUUGGUUGGAUAUCAUCUUGAUCAAACCAAACACGAUCUCAUGUUAGUGGAAGCAUCGCGAGCUGGAAAACCACACUUGCUGGAGCAUACCUUUGACAAAAUCAUGGAAAACGGUGAAAUUCCCCGUCAAUCAUUUUUCACCGAACUUAUAUGUCAAGCAACAACUCAUCGUGAUUAUCAUAGAGUCAUUACCCUUCUCAGUGCCAUGGCUUAUGCUCCUUGGCAAGUUAGUGAAGACAAGUGGAAACAUUUUCUCGAAGAAAACCACGAUCGACUAUACAAGGAUGUUCUUUCAGAACUGUUAUUGGCUCUUCAUGAUCAAGAUUUGCCUAUGGAAUCAACCGUGUCAAAUUUCUUAACAUCGUUAUCGUCUGUAUGUGUAACUACUGACUUUUCGAAAGGUCAUGAAGAUGCACCUCCUGUUCCUGUUCUUGCUGAAACUGUAGCUUGCAACAUAUUAUUAUCCGAUGAUGAUGAUGAUGAUGAUGAUAUGAUGAUGCUUGGAUUUUCGGGUAUGGAUAGUGAUUACGAGACUGAUGAUGAAACAGACUUCGAUGAUAGUGUUUAUUCAGAAAAGGAAACUAAUGUACCUUCUGCGAACGAGAUUCUUGAGGUUUGGAAGGAGAACAGGAAAACAGAUGGUUUUCCCUUGUACCGGUAACAGAGAAUGUUCAAAAAGGGCAUUAUUGGUAUUUUUUUUGGUUUAAUAUAAAAUCAAAAUGAGAAACUUCCAAAUUGAGAGAGAUAGUGACCGGUUAGGUUUAGAAUUUAUAUGUAAUCUUUGUCCGGCUGGGCCCUUAAAUUAAAUAAAAUCUUUCAACUUCUUGUUUUAUGAUUCUCUUCUAA